AUGGAGGGAAGAUAUCGCGCUUACGAAACUGUCUCCAGACGGCACCCUAUACCGCAAGGUAGUGAACAGGCGGGUUAUUCUUCCUUCCUCUUUAAAGAAAUUUCACCUACGCGUCGUCAAUAUUUAAAAGAAUAUCCCAGCCAUCGCAUCAAACGGGGUAAGGUGGUGUCUGCCAUAUCCUCUACUAUGAGGUUUGGUAUGGCUACAACACCUUCAAAGUUAAAUAGUGGUGAACAACGUCAAACACCGUUGAUCUCAUCUACACCAAUAUCAUCACAUUCGAUUAUGAAUACUAUUGAUAGUAAUCAUAGUUUAUCAUUAACACCACCACCAUCACUACCAUCACCACUAACAACAAAUGAUAAUCUACGAAAAGAAUUUAUAUCAUUAAUAAAUAAUACAGAAAAUUGUGAUCUAUUUUAUAAAUAUAUGAAAAAUGAAAAUUUAACAUAUGUAUUAGAAUUUUAUCUUGCCUGUGACGGUUUAAGACAUCAUCUCGAUGAUGAAAGUAAAAAAGGUGAAAUAAUUAAUUUAAUUAAUACACAUUAUAUUAAAAAUAAACAUUUAUCAACAAAUACAAAAUUUCGAUUAUCUGAUGAUAUUUUGAAAUUAAUUAAAAUAAAACUUAAUAAAAAAGAGUAUGAUCUAAAAUUUUACGAUAUUGCUCAAGAUUAUGUGUUUAAAUAUAUGUUACAAACAUGUUAUCCAAAAUUUUUAUCAAUACAACAACAUCAGACACAAUUGAAACGUCAAAUAAAGUCACAGACGUAUACACCAAUGCAUAAUAAUAGUUUAAUUACAUCACGAAAAACUCUCGUCUUUGAUCAAUUUAAGAAGCAACGAUCUAUCAACAACAAUAACAGUCAAUUAUCUAGUCCGGUGAUAACAACAUCUAUUCUGAAUGCAUCGACAUCGAGCAAUGCAAACAGAAGUAACAUUAGAAAUACUAGUCAAUUAUUCGAUACUACUUCAUUGGAAACAACGAGUUUGAUUUGUGAACAUGACAUUGAUUUGAAUGCAUCUAAACCUAUACCACGUACAUCAAAAAUUACUAAACAUCAACAAGAAAAAUAUAGUUUAGCUGAACGUGAUCCUUGUGCAUUUUUUGAAGAAGUAAAAAGAAGAUUAUUGUACGUACUUGGUGAACAAGAUAAACGUAAUCCUCUAACAACAACAACAACAACGGAUCUAAGAUUAUCACAAUCAUUAAACAUCAAAAAUAAGUCAUUUUCUUUCACUGAUCGAACGAAUGUGUGUACAACGACAAUCGAUGAUGAUUCGUUAGCUGUUAUUGAUAAUCAAAUUAAUCGUACAAUACCUGAUGCUGAUAAUAUUUUAUUUGGCGAAGAUAAUAAUACACGAUUAAAUUCAAAUAAUACAGUACAUUCUCGACUACGGCAUCAACAACAUAAUGUAGAUGAGUUAACAACAGUAACAAAAUUAUCAGAUUCAAAUGAUUUAUUUCAAAGACCGUUAACAAGAGGAUGUGGAUAUAAACGAAAUUCUAUGAAUGAAGGAUCAACAACGCAGAAUGAGGGCUUUUCGACUUUGAGAAGUUUUACAACAUCAGAUUCUGGUGUAUCGACGGGUGGAUCAGAACGAAACUAUGAAAUGUUAUUAUCGGUGGCAACAUCAUCAUCCAUUGGUGCCACACCUUCUGUGAUAACACAACCUGUUACACCAUCAACAGUUCCAGUCAAAAGAAAAAAUAUUAUGACUCAAUCGAUUGGUGUUGUAUGUUAUCCAUCAUUAGAAUCAAAAAGACCAAUUAUGUCAUUUAUAAAAAGACAACAACAUGCUAAUGAUAUAUUAACAUUCAAAGAGUUUAAAGAAUUGUUUAAGAGAACAGAUUCUCAUAGAUGUUUUUUUAAAACAACAUGUACAUCAGACAUUAAUGUUGAAAAAUUUGUAUUUUUAGAAUUAACUAGCGAUGAUGAAAUAGUACCGUUUUUUGACGGUAAAAUAAUUCUACAAUUGGAUAAAACGAAUUAA